GAGGAGCUGCCGAGUGUGCUACGAACGAUGGGGGAGAGUGGGGGCGCUGGUGGGGGCGGGAACUGGGGCAAGCCUUUCAUGGGACUCUUGGGGGUGCUGGACUCGCUGUUAUCCAUCUUUGUGUUCGCGCCCCUGGUGGUGUUUUACUGGCGCGGGUGUUGCAGCUCAUGGACACCUACCUCUUCCCGGAGAACAAACUGUACUCCACGUUCACCUCGCUGGGCAUCGGGGUGCUGUCCGGCCUGCUCUUCUGCCUCAUCCAGGGGCCCCUCACCUCCCUCUGUGACCACUCGCGACGCCCCAUCCUCCACCUGCUGAUAUCACGACUCUACACGCUCAUCUACUGCGUGUGCGUUGUCAACCACUGGCGCGGCGUGUGGAACGUUUGGGACUUCUACACGGGCACCUCGUGGCAGUCUGGGGCUACGUCCUUCGGUAUCGGUCUCCUGGCGCUGGCACUGACUCGCGGACUCAAGAACAUCCUGGCCCCGCCCUUCCUUGUCGUCCCUGAUCACCCAGUUGGAUAUUUCUCCGUCCCUACUCUCUUUCAAGCCGAGAAGGAGCGAUGCGGGUACUUCCUGCUGGACACAGUGUUUACCGUGGUGGUGACGGGCUCCCUCGUGGUGUUUGUGUGGCGCGGCGCCUGGGUGUUCCUGGACGCGAUGCUGUUCCCCACACAGAUCAUUUACUCCGCGUGGGGCUCCAUGGCGGUGGGGAUGACGGUGACGAUGCUGUCCUUCCUGGCCCAGCUGAUGAUCGUGCCUUGCUUCCGCCACAUCCACAAGGGGCUGGGCAAGAUUCUGAUCGAGGAUGCCUACCACACCAUCUGCUUCCUGGGCUGUGUGAAUGUGUGGCGUGGCGUGUGGUUCCUACUCAACAUUUAUCUGAUGCCAGAACUGCAGACGGUGAGUAACUUCCUGACGGCCAUAGCGGGACAGAUCGUGCUUAUGUGCUUCUACACGGCCAACUCCAUCCUGGUGAGGGGCGCCGUGAUGGACGGAGCGGGCGAGGGCACCAAGGGCAUCGUCUUCCCCACGCACUACCUCAGGUUCUUCUACAAGAACAAGAAGCUGGAGGAGCAACAGCGUUCCAAUAUGUGGAUGCAAGGCGAGGGAGGACAGAAGAUCUCGGGCAUCAGCGCGCCUCUCGAGGCGACGGUGGUGGGCAAAGCCAACGGCGUGUACGACAUGCGGGGCUACGGGGACGGCCACAGCUUCAGCGGAGGCUACAAUGACGCGUACAACAACUUGACGACAGGAGAGGAGGGGCGCGUCGGCCCCGCCAACACCACCUUCCAGAGCCAGGGUGCCAGCGAGGCGCGGCCAGUGCCAGCACCCGCCAGCAGCUCCGCCGGCAGGACCUACCACGGCGAGGACCAAUCAGAGACUCACUUUUAGCGUGCUGUGUGCGGAGCGAGGUUUGCUUUCUUUGCCGGGAAGGUAUGAAAUACUUUUCUCAGUCUCAUCGUAUGAAUGAAGAGAAACAUUAUUGUAAUUAUAUUUUCCUUUGUCGUGAGGCAAACUUAGAUACCGUAACCUUACUACGACACCAAUAUUUAUUGAACACGCAACAGUUGAAGUCUAGGCUUGACUGAAGUCUGUGUGGUGAGACGCAGACUAGGUGUAGGAUUGUGUUAAGUAUUAACAUCCAGAUGAGGUGUGGCGGCGCUACGCUCCCUGGGCGUGUGGCGGUGGGCGGGGCGUGGCGGGUGUGGCGGCCGUGGUUGGCGAGGCGUUCCUGGCGCCGCUGGGCCACAAAGAGCUGACAUUCAAGUAGCUCAGUACUUGUUCUCAGGGACACGAUGAACAGUGGAGCUCGAGGGGAAAGGCGAUGCCAUCGGGAAGGAAGGGCUGCCUCGGUGUGUGGCGCCGUGCGGGAACUUUAGCGAGGCGUGUAAACAUGUCACGUAAAUUGAUGAAGCUGAAGAAUUAAAGUGAAUGGGUGGAAACACACACACACACACACACACACACACACACACACACACACACACACACACACACACACACACACACACACACACACACAAAUAUCAGUGCCACACGUAACGGUGCCUUCUUUAAAGUGCCAUAUUUCAACCACUGCCUUGUAAACAAACGCGAGGUAUGCUGUAUUUUUAUAGUUGUAAUCCAGAAACUCUUAGAUUGCGCAUCGUACUCUAGCCUGUGGGGGAGGGAGGCAGCAACUACCGUACUGAGAACCCAACACUAAACCAGCGCCUAAAUAGGAUUCGAGACAAAAUUUGUAAUCAUAGAUAUUAAAUUUUAUUUUAUUUAUUUAUUUAUUUAUUAUUAUUUUUUUACUUUAUUAGAUAGGUGCAGUCAAAUAAUCUCGAAAUUAAGUGGAACAAUCUCUUAAAUGUAGUUCUUGAAAUGACAGAAGAGAAAUUUCUAGUGGAUCGUUAAAGCAAGGGUGGUAACGGAUAGGCGGGACUCUCCCGGCCAGGGCCGCGGCGUGAGUCACAAAGGCUUGGUUUUGUUCUGCCAUGCUUCAGGAUGGCGGCCGUGUGGUGUGAGCGGGAAGCUGCCGCGGCUGACCCCCAGUAACCAGUAUCAACUCCAAAGAUUAUCAAGUAUUUCAUUGUCGUUGUCUCAUUGUGCAUUGCCUUUCUGUCACGCAUGCCGCCGCUUGUGUAUUGUGGGGAUGUUGUUCGUUGCCUUAUUUGUUCAGUGCGUUAAAUGUUUCACCAGAUGUCACUCGCAGCGUCCAUGCACAAGUGGUGUGCGACGAGUACAAAACUAGAGCUUUGGAUGCUCGGACAAGGCUGAGCAGUGGUGAAUGUUAGACUUAGACGUAUAGGCUUCUUCUCUUUAAGCACAAACUGUUGCUGUGUUUGUCGUAGUUAUCCCUGAAGGAAUCCGCGUCGCGGGUUCUACUUACAAGUAUUAUUUAUAAGGCUUCACAAGCCUUCGAGUCAUUCGGUGCCAAAUAAUGGAUAGUUCGCCCUGAAGACUGUGCGUGGCGCGGGCGUUGUCGUAAGUGCGCGGUGGCUCACUUGCAGGCAUUCAUCUCUGCCUCAUUUCUUAUUGCGAUGGGAAAAAGAGUAAUGUAGUCAGCGGAAGUUACUUUCCGCAACCUCUAGUGUAAUAGGGAACGGCUGGUAUGGCGUGGCGUGGCUCGGGGCAGCUCUGCCUCAAGCCACGCUGUUCAGCCGCGGGAGUCAACCAUAUAUUGUAUAUAUUAUACAUUACCACGUAUUUAUGUUUAGUUUGUCGCCAAAGUCCUUAAUUAAAAGCUAUUAUUGCGUCGGGCGGACGUGUCCUAGCUGAGGAUGGAUGCCCUCGGGGCUGCGCAAAGGACCACCGCGGGAUUUGACGCAGCCUGCAGUAGCCAAGAUGUCACGGCUUUCAGUGAAAAAAGUGACGCAUCGGCCAAACCUCAUGUUGGAAAUUCCGCCUGUGACGCGCUGGUGAGGGCGUGACGCACCCGCCGCGUUACGCUCGCUAUGAAUUGCACACUUCUGUUGGUGUGUGGCGUCAGUGUGGUACGGGGCGCCCUUCCCGGCACGGCCAGGCUCUUACUUUCCUGCAUUCCCGGCGUGGGCUGAUGCGUCCCCCUUGCCCCGAGCACUUCUCUAUACAGUAAUUCUUUUCUACGUUUCGGUCGGAAAAUCGUGGAGGUGCACGGCCAGUACAAGUAUUAGGGAAAGAAACGCUUUGUCAGUCCGGGAGAUUAAAAUACACAAGGGUCGUUUGUCUGCCGCUAAAGGAUAAAACAGCGUAGAAAAAGUAAACACUCGCUCUAGAUACGAAAUAACUUUAUACAGUUCAGGAAAACAAGAUUGAAAAUGAUGCAAAAAGUUUAGGAACCGUAAAUUGCCUGUUGAGCCGGAGGACGAGAGAGAGAGAGAGAGAGAGAGAGAGAGAGAGAGAGAGAGAGAGAGAGAGAGAGAGAGAGAGAGAGAGAGAGGAAAUGGAGAAGAGAUA